AUACAGGGCCUCUAUCUGGUCAUUGUGGGUAUACGAUGGAACUGCUAUUUUGAACCACGCUCUUUCGUCAAUGAAUUUCAGCGACUUGUCAUUCUUUGUAUCCUCUCGUCUGUAUCACUUUACUAUGCAAUCCCUAGUCCAUGAAUACUGGAGGACCCAGCGGUUCAAACAAUCCAAGAUCUCCACCUCCUCUACCUCCGCGACCUGCAGACCCGAAUGUGGUGCCGAAUGUAAUGUCGGGUUAUGGAAUGUAUGGCGGUGGAAUGGGAUACGGUGGAGCUGGCUAUGGGCUUGGACCUCACUAUGGGAUGUACGGUGGAAUGUACGGGAAUGGGAUGUAUAGCGGACAGUAUGGCCCAAUGGGUGGAGACAACAGCUUUGCUAGAUUAGCUGAAGAAUCUUCGAGGGGAGCCUUUCAGUCUAUAGAAUCUGUUGUGAAUGCGGUGACAUCCGUGGCCAAUAUGCUCAGCUCUACCCACAAUGCUGUUUACAGUUCUUUUAGAGCUGUGAUCGGAGUCGUAGACCAGUUGUCCAGAUUAAAGCUACAGCUGACGUCGGUUAUUUUAUCGCUAUCGUUGUUCAAAUUCAUACAAAAGCUUUGGCGGUACUUACUGGUACUGCUUCGCUUGAAACCAGCGAAUUACGCUAGCGCAGCCGAACUUGCUUGGGGAGAUGCCAAACAGCCUUUUGGUUCGGAUGUGCUUGCUGGACCCGGUCCUCCUGCAAUUAAUUGGCCGUCUGUUAUGUUUUGGAUGGUGGCACUUGGAGGACCAUGGCUGAUCUACAAGGCCAUCUCACAAAUGGUCAGAACUGUUGAAGAGAGGAGAAAGUGGGCAACCGGAACUGGAGCUCACUACACAGCACAGGCUCUGUAUGAUUUCCAAGCGGCUAACGACCAAGAGUUGUCGUUCAUGAAUGGAGAAUUCCUUCGAGUUGCGCCUAAAGAAGAGCAGCCUCGAGUGAGGGGAUGGCUUUUGGCCAGCUCUCAGGAAGGUGAUCGUGUUGGUCUUGUACCAAUCAAUUAUGUGAGGAUAGUUGGCCGGAAAUCAGAGUCUCCUCCUCUCCGGGAGCCGAUCAAUAAUUUUGCAAAUUAUGAGAAAACAUUCGAAAGAAUAGAAUAAAGCCAUUUUCUUUUGACUUUACGACACGCA